AUCAGUUGUGAAGAUCAUCUAUUACUGUUAAGACGUAAUUUAGAAUCAAUUCUUUAUAUUAAUAAUUUAUAAAAGGAAUCUCUCAGAGAAAAUCAUAAAAUGAUUUCAUUGAAAAUUUUGUUAUCACUUUUUGUUCUACUGAAUUUUAUCGAACUCUUUGCUGCAAAUGCUAAUAAAACCCAAAGAACUGGGAUAGUCUUCGAAACGGAAGACACAAAUAAGAACAGAACUGCCACUCAUAAUAGAAAACCAGUUUUAGAUAAAGGUAGAUGCGAUACAAAUUCAGAACUUUUGUAUCCCGGCGAUAAUGAUGCUGAUUGGGUAUGCGAUUGCAAACCAUCAUUUUUAUUCUAUCCAGCUACACAAAAGUGUUACCCAGCUUAUACCAAAGGACCAUGUCCACAUGGGGAAAUACUCACUUUAUCACAUCAAAGUUCAGUUCCAAAAUGUGAAAAAAAUUCUUGUGAUUUUGGAAAAGUUAGAUUCCAAGAUAGUUGUAGUACACUUAAUGGUGAAGAAGGCUGCAAGGAAUACCAAAAAAUUAUUGGAAGAAAAGUUCAUUUAGUUGUUGAUCCCACAACCCUACAAUUAACUUGUCGUGACGAAGAUGACCAAUUCAAAUGUGCUAAUAAUUGCUGCAUUGGUAGCACAAGAUUUUACUACGGAAAAUGUGAUAACAGUGGACGACAAUAAAUAAAUAAUUAAAUGCAUACUAUAAAAUACUGUAAAAAUACUUAAGUAAAGGAUGGGAAUUCCGAAUAAAACAUGUUUU